AUGGAACCCGACUCACAUGAGGAGAAAACUGAGGGGGAAUUGUUUCAAUCCCAAGCGAUAAAUGUUGAUUUUGAAAGUGAAAAAGAAGCAGAGGAGUUGGGAAUUGAUAGCGUGCUUGACACAGAUGAAAGUUUGCUUGUUGACGACGUCUACAAGCUUGAUAUUAGUGUAUUUAUAGCCGAAACAGAAACACCAGAAGCGGAUGAUGUAUUCGACGAUGCUUUGUUUGAAAUGGAAGGCAAGAAAUCAUUUAAUUGUAACAUUUUUUCGAAGGUUUGCAAAUCGAAAGGAGGGCUGACAAGACACCAGAAUUCAAAGCAUGCUGAAACAACGAAAGGUCGCGAUAAUAUUCCAGGUUUAGCACUUGAUCAAAACGCGGUAGAUGGUUUUGUCGAAGCAAUUAAAUCUCGGAUCAUUGAAGAAAAUCUUUACGCGCAGGAAACAAACUCAGGAUUGAAAAAAGUAACUUCAACGCCGAAAUUAUACCAAGCUUUGCUGCCUAUUUAUCAGACAUUUUGUCGAAAGAAAAAUCAAGACACUUUGUUAAAAGUAUUUUAUGGUUUAAUUCCACAAUCAUGUGAAUUAUUAAAUUGUAAUGACUUCCAGGUUGCCAACUUAAUCAUGAUUCAACUUCCAGACUUUUUAGUUGGACAUUACAACACGGUCAUUCAGCAUCAGAAACAUGGCGAAAGCAGUACUGGGAUUACUUGUGACAAGCCAUCUGAAUUAAAUUCAGCAGAAUGUGGCCCACUUGCUUAUAUUGGUGGCUACAUCAUAAGUAAACUUACUCAGAUAAAUAAGAAGAGGGGAAAUAUAAAUGAACAAAUCCAAGCUUUAUUGCAAACAGGACCAGCAAAUUCCUUUAUUGCCAAUAGAACAAGAGGUGGUCUUACCUUGCCAUCUGGUGAUCUAAUAAAUAUUUUGGAAGCUGCCGAAUUAGCAUUUCGGGAUGAGAUAAACAGGAGUGAAGAGAUUAUUCGAAAUAUUCCUACUGACACUAUUUACAAUGCGGUUGUCGAAAACCCAAAAGUCAAAUCGUUAUGGGAAAAUAUUGUUAUGUCACGCAGUAUUCAACCAUCUUCAACAACACAGAAAUUGUGCUUAGAAAAUGUAUUGAAACUCUUCUUGAAAGUUCAAUCUUUUUCUUAUGCCAAGGAUUACAUUUCAAAGUACCAAAUUAAAGAAAAGCAAGGGAAAAACAAAGCACUGAGAAAUGAAUUAAAAAGGAAGACAUAACAUAGCAUCUCUAUACAUGACAGUUUAUGUGGAACAAUUAUCUGUAACCUUUGAGGGCUGACAAGACACCAGAAUUCAAAGCAUGCUGAAACAACGAAAGGUCGCGAUAAUAUUCCAGGUUUAGCACUUGAUCAAAACGCGGUAGAUGGUUUUGUCGAAGCAAUUAAAUCUCGGAUCAUUGAAGAAAAUCUUUACGCGCAGGAGACAAACUCAGGAUUGAAAAAAGUAACUUCAAUGCCGAAAUUAUACCAAGCUUUGCUGCCUAUUUAUCAGACAUUUUGUCGAAAGAAAAAUCAAGACACUUUGUUAAAAGUAUUUUAUGGUUUAAUUCCACAAUCAUGUGAAUUAUUAAAUUGUAAUGACUUCCAGGUUGCCAACUUAAUCAUGAUUCAACUUCCAGACUUUUUAGUUGGACAUUACAACACGGUCAUUCAGCAUCAGAAACAUGGCGAAAGCAGUACUGGGAUUACUUGUGACAAGCCAUCUGAAUUAAAUUCAGCAGAAUGUGGCCCACUUGCUUAUAUUGGUGGCUACAUCAUAAGUAAACUUACUCAGAUAAAUAAGAAGAGGGGAAAUAUAAAUGAACAAAUCCAAGCUUUAUUGCAAACAGGACCAGCAAAUUCCUUUAUUGCCAAUAGAACAAGAGGUGGUCUUACCUUGCCAUCUGGUGAUCUAAUAAAUAUUUUGGAAGCUGCCGAAUUAGCAUUUCGGGAUGAGAUAAACAGGAGUGAAGAGAUUAUUCGAAAUAUUCCUACUGACACUAUUUACAAUGCGGUUGUCGAAAACCCAAAAGUCAAAUCGUUAUGGGAAAAUAUUGUUAUGUCACGCAGUAUUCAACCAUCUUCAACAACACCGAAAUUGUGCUUAGAAAAUGUAUUGAAACUCUUCUUGAAAGUUCAAUCUUUUUCUUAUGCCAAGGAUUACAUUUCAAAGUACCAAAUUAAAGAAAAGCAAGGGAAAAACAAAGCACUGAGAAAUGAAUUAAAAAGGAAGACAUAA